CCUGCUUCUCGGCGCAACUGUCCGAGGGAGGUGGGAAAUGUGUGAGAGGGGCGGGGGGAAGACAAACAUUCUCAAAAAAUAUUAAAAAGAAAACAUCCCACUUGGCAGCGGGUGCGCGGGAAGUUCAGCGCGCGAGUUCCGGGUUUCCCGCCAGCCGCCAGCCCGCCCCCCGCCGGCCGCAGCCCGGGAAUCGCACUGAGAGCUCCUCGGGACAGGCUCGCGGUGGGGAGGAGCAAGGAGAUGAAUGUGGCAGCGAAGUACCGCCAGGCGUCGCUGUACGUGGGUGACCUCCACGCAGAUGUCACCGAGGACUUGCUGUUCAAAAAGUUCAGCACUGUGGGGCCUGUGCUGUCCAUUCGCAUCUGCAGGGACCUGGUCACCCGCCGCUCUCUGGGCUAUGCCUACGUGAACUUCCUGAAGCUGGCCGAUGCCCAGAGGGCCCUGGACACGAUGAACUUUGACACGAUAAAGGGCAAACCCAUCCGCCUCAUGUGGUCUCAGCGCGAUGCCUACUUAAGGAAGUCGGGCAUCGGGAACGUGUUCAUCAAGAAUCUGGACAGAUCCAUUGAUAACAAAACCCUCUAUGAACAUUUUUCAGCCUUUGGGAAGAUCCUUUCCUCCAAGGUGAUGAGUGAUGACCAAGGAUCUAGGGGCUAUGCAUUUGUGCACUUUCAGAACCAGAUCGCAGCCGACAGGGCCAUCGAGGAGAUGAAUGGGGCUCUGCUUAAGGACUGCAGGCUGUUUGUCGGCAGAUUCAAAAACCGUAAAGAUCGGGAAGCCGAGCUCCGCAACAAGGCCAAUGAAUUCACCAAUGUUUACAUCAAAAACUUUGGAGAUGACAUGGAUGAUGAGAGACUGAAGGAAGUUUUCAGUAAAUAUGGUAAAACCCUGAGUGUGAAGGUGAUGACAGAUUCCAGUGGGAAAUCCAAAGGCUUUGGCUUUGUGAGUUUUGAUAGCCAUGAGGCUGCCAAAAAGGCCGUUGAAGAAAUGAAUGGAAAGGAUAUAAACGGACAGCUGCUUUUUGUAGGCCGGGCGCAAAAGAAAUCCGAGCGACAGGCCGAGUUAAAGCAAGUGUUUGAGCAGCUGAAACAGGAAAGAUUUCGGAGGUGCCAAGGCAUGAAGCUCUAUAUUAAGAAUCUCGAUGACACCAUUGAUGAUGAGAAACUGUGGAGGGAAUUUUCUUCAUUUGGAUCAAUUAGCAGAGUCAAGAUAAUGCGGGAAGAAGGGCGAAGCAAAGGGUUUGGCUUGAUCUGCUUCUCCUCUCCUGAGGAGGCCACUAAAGCAAUGGCUGAGAUGAAUGGCCGUAUCUUGGGCUCCAAGCCACUCUACAUUGCCCUGGCCCAGAAGCCCUAGGAGAGAAACACUUACCACGGCAGCCCGUGUUUGCAGCAGCCUUGGAAAUGACAGUGAUCUCUGCCUGAAUUAGCCUCAGAAACAUUUCAAAUCCCAGCUGAUGGUCCCUUGAUUUAGUAAACUUUGUGAUAAAAGGUUUUGUAUAUAAAGCUAUUUUUUCUUUGGUGGAAAAAUAAAUGAAUCUCGGAAGCUUGAUUCAUUUCACAGGGGCACAUCUUCUAAUUAUAAUAUUGUGUAUUAUUCUGAUUUUGAUUUAGUAUUCAUAGCAAUAAGAAUAAUUAGAUAUAUUUUUAUUACAUUUUGAACCAUCUGCAGUGAGGUAAUUAUUUGAGUUCAUAUCAUAUUUUCUUUCUUAUUUUAAUAAUAUUGCUAGCUUUAAUUUCUUCUGUGAAAAUAUGCUAAAAAUAGUUCUUAUACCUAAGAAUCACAAAGUGAUUUAUUUUCACAAACAGAAAUUUUCUAAUUUCUCAUUUCAACUUUUUAAAUGAAACCAAAGGUUUAAGAAUUGCUAGUGUAAAUUCAGUAUGUAAUUUCAUUCUGAAUUAAUGUUUAACAUACUAGGAAGUAGUUCAGUUUCUUUUCAAUUUAUAUACAGAUAUGAUUGUUUUUCUGAUGGCUGAAAUUAAUGAUGGAGUUUUUAAUGUUGCCUACAAAUCUGAUUGAUAGGAUAUUUUGCUGUUCUUUCCAUUGGUAGGCUAUAGUUCAGGGACUUGUUGAUGAUCAAAAUUGGGACUUGAGUGGUAAAACUUUAACUUCAACAUUCCUUAUGUUAUAUACUUGUACCAAUUAAGGUGACAAAAAGUAAGCUUUAUCUUAAUUCUCUUCCUAUUUGUACAGUUUAGGAUUAUGCCUUAACUUUUUGCCAGGCACCAAUAUUAAUCAAAGUCCUAUAUAGAGAACAUAGAAAUUCUUAACAAAUGUUUCUCAAUCUAUAUUUUAUAUUGGUCGAUGUAAUGAUAUUAUCUCAGGGUUCAGAAAGUAUGUUUCUUUAUUUCUAUUAACUCGUGUCUCUUUUUAUUAGACUGUGAGUGCUACUGAAUUAACAUUCAGUUUUAGCCUUGAUUUAUCAGAAGCUCACUGAUUUUCUGACAAAUUGAGAUUUCAUCAAUUUACCUAUUUUCUAGUAAAAGUUUUAUUUUGGUGCCAUUUCCAGUUCUCUCUUUCUCUCCUACCUUUGAUCUAUAUUAUUCAACUUUGUUUUAUACUUUUUUAAAAAGGGCUUUAUUAUAUUGAUUUUUAUCAUGUGCUAUUUGAAAUCCACCUUGGAAACCGAGACAAGAGUUAUUUAUUUACAUUUGAAUAAUUACUUUUAAAAUUCUGUUUUACCAAAGGUGUCUGGAGAAUAGGUUUGUUGUUCUUGUUGUUGCUGUUUUAUUUUAUUUUAUUUUUUUAUCUGCUUAGUGGUUUCCUGUAACCAUAUAUUCAAAUCUUCCAUUUCUUAUAUUAUCAAUACAAAAGAUAUAUUAAAAUAUUUUCUUUGGCAAUACUUUAGCUAUGAGAGAAUGAGAAAAUCUGUUUCUGUUUAUUUUCAUAUAACUAUAUGUUUAUUCUGGCACAUUUUCUAAAUUAAAAGUCUCUUUUGAACAAUGAAAAAAUUAUGGAAAACGAAAAAAUUUACAGCAACAUAUGAUACCAUUAUGCAGACAAAUCUUCUGUUAAAAUUUGUUGCAUUAUCUUCCCAAAUUUUAUACAACACACAUAGAUACUUUAACAAAAAAAGAAUCAUAUUAUAACUUCUAUAAAUUAUUUUCUUUAUUUUACAGUAUGCUAUAGUCAACUUGCAUAUCCACAAAUAAUUAUCUGCAUUAUAAUUUUAAUGAGUUUUGUUCCUUCAAUGUUUGUACCAUAAUGUAAUGAAUUUCCUCUUGAAACACAUGUAUCAAGAUUGUUACAUUGUUUCCUAUGCCCCCCCUUUUUUUUUUCUGUCAUAGACAGCUUGGAGAUCAACAUCCUUGCAAAUUUAUGUAUGCUGAUAUAUCCAAUUAUUUUCUUACAAAAAUAUGUAGUUCAUCGGAAUUAAUGUUUAAAAGGUGAGCAAUUUUUAAAAUAACUUUGAUGAAUAUUGCCCAAAUCUUCUCCUGAAAAUUUGUGCCAUUUCCAUUAUCAGUGUGGAGGAUUGUCCGUUUCCAUAUUCUCCAAGAACAAGGGAUUAUGUUUAAGUUGUUAUCUAAUUCAACAUGAUGCAUAAAGCAGAAUAUUUCAUGGUUACUUUUUUUUUAUUAUACAAAAGUUAAACAGCAUUUCUUCUAUCUGUUGGCCAUAUGCGUUUUCAUAUUUGUGAACUAAUGUUUCAUGAUUUUAGUUUGUUUUUCUUUUGGGUUGUUUUUCAUUUGUGUGGAUUUAUGACAUUUCUUUACAUACUAAGGACAAAAUGUUAGACUGUUUUCCCCCGAUAUUUCCACUUUGUUUGUAGUUUUGAGGGUCAUUCCAAAGUUCAAUUUUUAACUCAGAUUUUUUAGUCUUUUACUCAGAUGGCUUUGAUGUCAUGAUUCAAAACACUUUGAACCAUUCAAAUAUACAUGCAGACACACACACACACACAUAAUUAAUUGGUGUUAUCUUCUGUUACUUUCAGAGUUUUAUAUUCUCAACAAUUUCUAAGCACAACUUCUGUCUGUGGAGUAUUUUAUCAACAGCCUAUAGUAAAUCCUUUAAAAUUGUCUUCCUUUUCAACCUUUAUUAAUAUGUUUGGUAAAUACCUAGCUUCUGUAAGAAUCUCUGUAACACUCAUACCUACUGUAAUUCACUGGGCCUGUGAAUCACCGUGUGAAGUAUUUACUUCAAAAGCACAGCGUUACUGAGAAGGAGACUAGGCAACAGGGCUGGGAAGUGUAGUGGGCGUGUCAAGCCUUGACAUCUCUUUCUGGAUAAUCCAGUCUAUCGAAGUGUUCAAAUAUUUGAACAAUAUUUCAUCAUGCUUGUAAAUGGAUUGUUGAGAUAAUAUCAGGGAACUGAGUUCUCUGCUAUGUGCACAAGGAAUUAAUAGGACAUAAGAUCAGAUGUCUGGAUGAAUUGUAGCUGUAGCUUCGUGACACAAUAUUCUACCAUUUUAGGAGAAUUUGCUUAUUCUUAAUAUUUACUGUGAGAAAUGACUAAGCUCACAAAAAUACAUAAUCCCGUGGAUUUUCCUGAUUAAUUUAUUUAAAUGUUUGCUUUCUCAAUUGUGUGCGUGUGUGUGUGUGUGAUAGUAUCGAGUAAUCCUAGUUGGCAGUGUAAGUUCAUUCUUUGAAGAAAAUUUAAUUAUUAUGCCCAAGUGUCUUGAGAAAUAAGAAUCUUUACUUUUCUGAUAAGCAUUCCAGUAAGAGCUCAUUUCUAUAGGUGCCUUGAGCAACUCUAUUCUUGCCUCCGUCUCCACACACACAUUGCCAACUUUGUUGUAUGGAUGCCUGCUUGCAUGCACAGCCAAUUCAAUAAAUGUGCCUUCUAACAUUUAUUUAAACAUUUAAAAUUAUUUUGGGGCACCUGGGUGGCUCAGUUGGUUAAGCGUCCAACUUCAGGGCAGGUCAUGGUCUUCACGGUUCGUGGGUUUGAGCCCCACAUCAGGCUCUGAGCUGAUAGUUCAGAGCCUGGAGCCUGCUUCAGUUUUCUGUGUCUUCCUCUCUCUGUGCCCCUCCCCUGCUCACGCUCUGCCUCUCUCUCUGUCUCUCUGUCUCUCUCUCUCAAGAAUAAAUAAACAUUAAAAUAAAUAAAAUUUUUAAGUUUUUAAAUAUUUUUAAAUUUUUAAAUGGAAAUCUAUAGUUAGUAAAAAUAAACUUUAAAGUGGUUUAGAAUUGGUAAAUUUAUGUUCAUAAUAGUUUUUAUAAAUCCGUUGAGAAAAGGUCAAAUGAGGUUUAAUCUCUCAUGGUAAAGACAUGUGUAAAUGAUGCUUUAUUUAAGUUUUAAGUAUUUCUAAUUUUCUAAAGAUAUGUUUCUCUUAGGAGUAAACAAACUGAAAACAACUUCCAUUUUUAAAUGAAGAUACUCAUACUUCAUGUUUCAAAAGACCAACUCCACAUGAAUUAAUACUUCUUCUACAGUUUUUAUAAUUAUGGGACCAUGAUUGAGAAGAACCACUAAUAUAGACCAAGUUUUCAUGAGGAAUAAUGGACUAUAUUUAAAACACUUCUGCAUUUAAUUGCUAAAAUAAAAUUCAGCUAAAAAUCCUCUAUUGAGGAUUUCUAAUUAGAUUACUUGUAUUUAGAAAAUAUACCUCCUAUAGUAUAACUUUUUUGGUAGAUAAAACAGUACAUAAAAAAAAACUUUUUUAAAAAAAUCUGCAUUUUAAAGAGUAGAACAAAUUAAAUAUCCUCAUGGUAUCUUUAGCUGACAGGAAAUUCCAACUCACACUAGAAAAGGAAAUCUUACCUAACAAAAUAUUCAGUUAAAGUAUCUUCAGGCAUGGUAUACUAAGACUUCUGUUACCACUUUGGAGUCUCUUGGCUUUUGCCCCAUUAUAUCUUAGCUCUACCAUCAGGAAGUGUCAAGAUGGCUGCAGGAAUUCCUGUCCUACUGAGACACAACAUUCAGAAGGUGGUGUCUUUCCUGGAAACCUUUUAAUAACUUUCCUCCUCAGUUCUCAUUGUCCAUUACUGAUGUAAAGAUUAAACAAGAUCUGCCACUAGAAUUGAGGAAGUAAUCAACUUUCCAAGUUCUGUCCAGAAUACAGUUACAGUUAGGACAGGAAGAUCCAAGAGUAGAAAUGGAUGUAGGAGUAUGUAUCGACUAAAUCCUCAAAAUUUUUUAUUAUUUAUAUUUAAUUUUGAAUUUCAGUACUUAUUUGUUUUUUUUGUUUUUUCUUUUAAUUGUUUGAUUACAAACAGUUCUUACAAUUACAUUUUGUCCUUACUAGUAAUUUCAAUGUGAGUCAAAAAGGUGAUUUUUUUUUUCUAUCUACCUCAAAUUGUACAAUCCUAAGGAACAAAUUAUGCAAUCUUUUGUGUAUAAGAUGAAAUUAUUUUUUGUUUGGUAAUGGGACUUAGGUUUUUACAUAUCAUACUCUAUUAGGUCUAAAUUAAGCAUCUGCUGAAGAUAUUAACUAAAAAGGUCAGAUUCAAUUUAGCCACCCACAUGGGUUUUCACCAAAAAAUGAUUGUCAACAGAUUAUAAAUGGUCAAGAGUUUUUCAAAACAAAUCUACAUUUAAUAGGUAUUGGUUUCUUGACUUUUAAUAUAAGGUAGUCUAAGCCACAUAUGUUUUCAUGCAUGCUAAUGUUUUAGAAUCAUACCACCAGAGGGAAAAGACUUAAAGUACUGUGUAUACAAGCAUACCUCAUUUUAUUGUGCUUCGCAGAUACUGUGUUUCUUUCAAGUUCAAAGUUUGUGACAACCCUUUAUUGAGCAAGUUUAUUGGCACCACUUUUCCAACAGGAGCUGCUCACUUCAUAUCGCUGUGUGAUAUUUUGAUAAUUGCAAUAUUUCAAAUUUCUUCAUUAUUCUUAUGUUUGUCAUGGUGAUCUGUGAUCAUUGUUUAUCACUUGCUAAAAGCUCAGGUGGUUGUUAGCAUUUUUUUUAACAAUAAAGUAUUUUUAAAUUACAGUAUGUACAUUGUAUUUUCCUUUUGAUGCUAUUGCAUGCUAAAUAGACUAUAGUAUAAUGUACACAUAACUUUUAUAUGCACUGAGAAACCAAAAAAAUCAUUUGACUCACUUUGUUGGGACAUUCAUUUUAUUACAGUGGUCAAACAAACAAACCCACAAUAUCUCUAAGGUAUUCCCAUAUCACCAACUUUAUAUAUUCUAUAUAAGGAAUUUUUAAGAAAGUUCCUACUGAC